AUGUCAGGCGCCACAGUCUGGAUCUACAUCCAGGACAUCACCGACGACUCCCGCCAAACCUACGGCUUCACCUCCCUCACCCUCUCCCCCGCCGGCCGCGCCACCAAAACAAUCACCCUCCCCUCGGACCAAUUCAUCGUCUUGAUCUCGGUCGCCUUUGACAAUACCAAACUUCAGUUCCGAGGCGGGACAAGCCACCUCGGCCGGACGGGGGGCACAGAAUUCCCCCUCCCCUACAAAAUCUCCCCCACAAACGAAGUAACAGUCGAUGCCAUCAUCCCUCACUCCUUUGGCCCGGAACUGGUCAGGUUAUGGAACGAAUUUAACACCAUCCAUCAAACGGCUGACCGGUUGGUCGGGGCCUGGGAUGUGCCCAAACUGGGGAUUCAGUACCCGAUGGAUUGGUCGAGGUACUACCCGGGACAGAACAAGAUUGAUAUCUGGGGGAGUGCUGGGUCUCAGAGCGGGGAUCACUUUGCUCAUGAGCUGGGCCAUCACUUCAUGUACUCGCUUGCCGGGGGGAUUCCCGGGAGGGGAGGGGCGCAUACUAUCUGCGGAGGUAGUCCUGUUGAGCAGGGGCUUGCUUUCUCCGAGGGUUGGGCUACUGCUUUCGCGGCGAGUUUGUUGGGCAGGCAGGUGAUUGGGGGUUGGGAUUAUGGGGGGUAUAGCUGCGGUAGUGAUAGGGAUACGAUGGAGACGAGCGAGGGGAGGGUCGCGGCGGGGCUGAUGGACUUGAUCGACGGGGGGUUGGUGAGGGAGUGUAAUGGGGGGGAUACUAACCUGGGGAGGGAUGGGGUUUGUGAUGGGACGGUUGGGGGGGAGCUGUUCACGCCGAGGGUGGUGUUUAGGGACUCGAUUGAGGGGGUGGUGGAUGGGGGGGUUAGGGCGUGGUGGGGGAGAGUGGUGAGGAGGUAUGCGGAUAGGACUGGGUUUGGGAGGGGGAGGGAGGCGAUGGAGUAUAAUUACUAUCCGCAGGAGUGUUUGUUUCGGUUGGCCGGGGUUUGCGUGAGGUUGACGCCGAAUGUGUUUGAGAGGAUUCGGUUGAGGUUGUAG